AUGCUUCGGAAGUGGUUAUUGAGAGCCGGAGGUUGUGGAUCUCCCCUCCCCGAUCGCUUCCCGCCUUUCUAUCGGCCGCUGCUGCGAAGCCAACGCGUGCCAAACAGACGAUCUGCCAUGCCACCUGCUGCUUUGUCAUUCCGCCGCACAACGGUUCAAUAUCACCACUUGGGAUGCGAGGAUAACGUGACCUGCAGAAUGCAUUUGAAAUCUGUCACCGUCCGUAAGGCGAACGUGGUCGACCGAUGCAGUGCAAGCCUCCUACUCCCGCGCAUGGAUCAGGCUCAAAUAAGAAUAGCUAGCCCAGCAUUAUCGUGUGCAAGUGUGAAGUUUAUUGCCUUCACACCUGAUCCCAGAGAGACCCUCUUCCCCUUCGCGCGCGCGCCAUCGUCUCUCGUUUUGCAGGAUUCCCCAUUCACAUUAACAGGACGGACCACGGACGCAGAAAGGAUCACGCUGUACAGUCGGGCGUGGAUACCUACAUGUACAUGUACGAGCGCUGUUGGAUGCAUCUCGCAUCGAGAAGGCGUGUCACUGCCAUCUGAUGAUCUGACAGGAGCUGGGACAGCGGACAGCGGACAGCAGACAGCGGACAGCAGACAGCAGACAGCAGACAGCGGACAGCGGACAGCGGACAGCGGACAGCAGACAGCGGACAGCGCCUCUGCACACAGCCAUACUGUACACACCCUCGACAGCGGCAGCGGCAGCGGCAGCGGGUGCAAGCAGCGCGAAGGUCAUGUCUCACUAGAGCAUUCGGAAUCAUCGCCGUGUGAGAUUGAGCCUUGGCCCUUAUCACCUCCGUAUCGUCGCCGCGACGUGCGACCCCAAGCCUUGCAUCCAUUGGCUCGCGGCAUCAUCAAAAGCAACAUCCUGGCUCGCAUACUCAGAGGGCGCCAUAAGCGCGCGUCCUCGAAUCAUUCUUCGCGUGCAGCCAGUGCUGCCGCAGAAGAAAACGAAUAUCGCCAUGCUCCGCUCGUGAGCCCGCUGACCAGCCCGGCCCUGGACAUGACCUUCGAUUUCGAGCUGCCGGACACCACCCCCAACACCAUUCCCUCUUCGCCCUUCUCGCCACAAAGCGACUCUGCGCGCCCGCACACCAGCGAUGGCCUUGCUGCAACGAACGCCGCGCGAGGCAGAAGUCUCCAAUCGCCAGACUUGCUUUCAAUCCCACAAACUGCAGGGAGCAAGGUGAACACCAUGGGCUCCAGGGAGGAGGGAAUGGGUGGUGACGAGCGAUUUCCCGGUGCAUAUGGUGGCAGAUCGCGACGAGAGAGUAAUGGCAAUAAAAGGUCAAGCUUGGAAUUUGCGGGCAGCGCCAUGCCACCGUCCCGCUCGACGAUGCCAGCCUCGCCAUCAUCAAGGACUCCACAACGACCGCAACCAUCGCCACGGCCGCACACUGCUGGAGGCCCGCCGUCGAGUACCAACAGCACCCCAAGAAUGGAGGCAUCGCUGUUUCCAGUGAGAGCAGACAUGUCCGUUCCGCCGCCAGCUACGAAUAUGCCUGCGAUGAAUCGAUCAUUCAUCGACUCGCGCGAUAAACCAUAUAGUCAACCACAAAGGCCGGUCAUGCUGCAAGGAAAUCAUAGCUCGCCUAAUUUACGCCGACCAACGUCACCACCUGCCAUCAAUGCUCGCGGUCCCAUACCUAUAUACAGCUCACGAGCGAGUCCACACGAUAGUGUUCACAAUCUCUCCACGUCGCGCACGAAUUACAGUGGAUCGACUGCCCGACCGAGCACGCAGGCGUCAAGCCGUACGGCCUUCUCCGGUGGACCUGUGAUCACUAUCGGAACACCAUAUGGCGCAACAGCAGACUCAUUUCCUCUUCCACAACAUGUUGCGACACGGCCCAAGACGCCUAGCGCUUCAGCAAAGGUGGGAGGUGUAUCUGUGCCGACUCACCAUACCUCUUCCUUUAAGUCGGAGAAGAAGGAUCCAUCGAAAAAGAAAGCUCGUCUUCUCAAUCCCAUGGCACUUCUACAGCGUCGACGAAGCUCGCAAGAUCCGGAAGUCGUUGUCGAAGAAAGAGCCGCGCGGCAGGCUCAAGCUCAGGCAUUAGCAAGGCAGAGGGACGUUUUGACUUCUGGCCCGAAACCGCUCCCUCCAGAUUUCGAUCCACGCAUCAAGGGCAAGCUGGUUCACGACUUCAGUGCACCGCGAGAAAAGAGAAACACAUUCGAUGAGACGGACAUGUCUACAUCACCACUACCCAUUCAUAGCCCUAACGGCACACCGGUCACGUCGCCUGUUGACUACCCUCCCCGGAAUGCAUCGUUGGUGAACCGCGGACCACUGAGUGAUCAGAACCAGAGACGCAGCAACCAUACGCCUGUCUUCAAAGAACAUCUCGGCGAGAACCCGGAAUCAUCAAGACGGAUUAGUUCGAUACAGGCGGAAAAUCUGGAAAAUAAAGACUUCCUGCAGCGAGUCUCCAAACAUUCUGCUGCCACCUCUCUCUCACAGGAAAGUGCGGUGCUGCCACCUUUCGCCAGAAGGAGUCAGAUGCUUGAUCCAACGCAGGCCAGCCUUUAUCAAGACGAUGAUUCUUCACCCUCAGAUCCACCGAGUGAGAAGGCACGUGACUCUCAUCUAGGCUCGAUCAGCGAAGUGAGUCCCCUCACAGCAAGGAACAGUGGCUUCCAUGCUAGAGGAGGCAGUUUCAGCCCGGUGUCUCCCACUAGCCCUGGCGGCUCAUCUCGGCCACAGUCACAGAUGAGCAAAACGAUGACUGAUGGCACUAGCUUGAGACCAAUUUCGCAAUCAAGCAAAACCUCAGUGGCCGAUCAGCGAUCGAAUGAGGGCGCAGCAGUUUCAUUUGCGACCAUCGUACCGCCUCCUCAGAUUGAGACCAUCGAUGAAGGCUCGGUUGAGAACUCACCUGUGGAGCCACGUCAGCUCCAUAAAUCAUCUCAAAGCCCUUCAUUGGCUUCUCGAGGCUCACCCCAACCAUCGAACAGUCCUGGUCGAGGUCGAGCAGCAGAGUCUUUGCAUCCCUCACGACAAGAGAUCCGGACGGAUUCUCCUGCUUCACAGUCUCUGCUCGACCGCACUGCCGAUUUUGCAACUCCUGACCAGACACCAGAACUAGUGCAGGAUGCAAAGACGUUCAGAACGUCGUCAACGGCUCCAAAAUUGGUUGAGAAGCGCAAGUCGGCUGUCGGGCAUUCACGAAAAAGCACAAACAUUCCCAAGCAUCAUCCCAGCAAUGCAUCACGGUUCUCAUUCCAGUUUGACGAAAGUGCAGCGCAAGAACAGGCUUUGGAAGAGAAGCAUCGCAAACGGGACCUGACUCGUUCAUUUGUGCAAGGGAGGAGUCCGGACGAAGAAGAUCAAGACGAAUACUUCGACGAAGAUGCCAUGGAUGACAUGGACGAAUUUGAGAUGCAGCAGUCCUCGCUAGAUGAAGACAAUUUUCACCUGCAGGUGACCCCCGGAAAUGGAGAUGCGCAGAAUACCGCUCCUGCCCAAAGCUCGCUGUACCUGCAGCAAGCACGACAGGCGCUACAGCUUGAUAGCGACGACGGUUCGAUUUAUGAUGAUCAAAUUCCAGAAAUUACGGAUGAGAGAGAGCUACCCUACGCCGAUCAUCCAGCUUUCAGAGCGCAUUCAGCGCUCGGCAACUAUUCUCGAAAUAGUUCCAUACAGCAGGAUGCCCUCGAUGGCUACUGGCGCGACAGCACCAUUGAUCACUACAUGCGCGACUCAUAUUUCGUGCCUAAUGGAUCGCAGCCGCAAUUGCAAGUACCUGGCGCGAGAAUAAUCCCGGAAAGCGAUGCAGCCGCGCGAUCGAACUUCUAUAUGCAGCCACAGGCAGCCGGAUACUCCCCGAAUGGAUCUCCUGUGGAUCCUGCCGGAUCCAAUGGCGAGCGGAGUCGUGUGGUAAGUGGUAUGAGCUUUGAUAGCCCAGUAGUCAGGUCAGGUCAGGGACCGGAUGAAGGACCUGCUACGAGCAUUUCAGGACGUCUUAGAGACCCGCACGGCGACACCCUCAAGUCCCCAGCAGACAUCAAGGGCAAGAUUCUGGCCAGUGGUGGAAGCCUAUUGACGCCGACUGGAGCACUGAAUGUAUCUUCGGAAAAUGGCUUUCAAGAGGGACGUCUGCGCAAAGAUUCUGACACGAUGGGUCUUGCUGCUGCCGUAAGCAAGACUCUAGAGGCUCCCGCCGUCAUUAUUGUCCAGCGGCCAGAGUCUGUUAAUAAUGAAACCCUUGCACAGUCAUCGAGUCUUGUCAGCGACACCAAGACAGCCGAUGCAAUGCGUGGACUAGGUCUGACAUCUCCGGCAAAUAGCAACUUCAGCGAGCGGUCCACCGACAGCCACGUGAGCUCCGAAGACUUUGCUCGCUCAGGCUUUGCAGAAGCUGGAAGCUCAGCUAUCGAGCAGCAACGCGAGCCUGUUGGCGCCGGUCCCAAAGCUUCACCGCCUGACACGGAGACUAGUGAGAAAGCGAAGGCAGCUGCCGAUAGCAAGACCAGCAGUCCUCAAUCUGCAUCGACUGGACUCGGUUUGAGCAUGUUGAAGGGUUUCCUCUUUGGACGACCGUCAACCGUUAUAUCACCUGGCGCAGAUGUCACUGAUCGUAGCGAGACUGAUAUCGCCGACGGCGAAAAGGCGCAAUCCGGAACAGGCGAUAGUGAACCAAUUCGUCGCGAGGAUCAGAACGCUCACGGGCCGUUUGCAUUCUGCGUUCGAUCUGUGUCGUCGCCAACUGCCACGUUGCCGGCCAAUAGUAUCAACACUGAAGAAGACCCAAGGCCUUCACCUACGACGGCUAGCAAAGCCGGUCAACGAGCCACCAUUGCCACCGAAACGAGCAUAAGAAAGUCACCACUUCCCAAUGAGGCCUUCCACACAAGGUUCAAGAGUCUGCAGCAAUCACAAGGUGCUUUUUCUAGCAACGCAAGAUUGGCUGGCUAUUCAAAAAAGUCCAGCUCACGUCAAUGGCCUGCCUCACCUGGCCAUCGACUUAGCUCUUUUGGCGGCUUUGACUUCAAUGACGUUCCAAACAGCCAAGACGACGGGCGAUCGUCCGCUGAGACACGACCCUUGAAUGCAGAUGGCCGUGCGCACGAGAAUCUGUCUAACAUUGAGCCACGGAUGACCAGUCCGCAGAACGCUGUUUCUCCGACUCGAUCCGGCGAUGCUGCAUUCCCGAACCGAGAUGCAAGAUCGCACGCCUCAAAUCCGAGCGAGGGUGGUCAAAGUGCUGUGAUCGGCAGUCACCUGCGUCUCAGGUCAUCGAUCAGCCCCAAUGCGCAGCAGACGUGCUCUACCACGAGCAACAGCUAUGAUGGCAUUCAGGACGAUAUGUACUUCGAUGAUGGCAACUUCGACCAAGACAUCAAGGAGACACAUGGUGCCAGUAUCGACGAGAAUGCAUUCGACGAUGACAGCUUCCUUUAUCGACCCAAUGCAGCGGUGAACAACUUUGGUCAUAGACGUGAUCGAAGCAGCGCCGCAUUAACACACGCAAGCCAUGGAAGCAGUGGAGAUGGGCCAUAUCCAACAUUCGCCAUUCCGAAUGCUGCUCAAGCGCAAGCACGCUAUUCUCAGAUGAUGCUGGAAGAUCUGCCUUUGCAAAAUCCUGUCGAUCCGAAACUCAUCCCGCAACGCAACCCUUCGGAAGACGCAAAGCGAAUGGGUCGUAGCGAUAAGGCGCCUCCGAUUCCUGUCAUGCCAUCGAAUGAAGUGGCAUAUCACCAGAUGCAGGAAAGCCUGCAGAGAUACCAUGCCGCUCUUGCCAGCGCUGCUAAUCAGGCCGCUGCCGAUGGCCGCUUCACCCGAGCCUUGAGUGUUUCCACGCAGCAAAGUUCCAGAAUGCCUGGUCGAUUGGAGGUCAACGACCCCAACGCGGACGCUCUAAGCUUCUACUCGCAUGAUGAAGAUGGAGGCGAAAUACCAAUGCCGCAUAGUCCUAUCGGUGUGGACCGUAGCGAUACUACAAUGUCGCAUUACAGCCCGCCAAAACUGAGCUUUGACUUUGGAUUCGAUGAUCGAGAUGACGAUUUUGGCAACGACGACGAUCUUGUGGCCGCAGCAAAUGCUGAAGCACUUGCAAAUGAUGAUGAAGGGUUUUAUGGUCAAGAGUUCCACUUCUUUGGUAGACCUCGAGCUAAUUCAGGAGAUCUGGAAGCUGUACAUGGCGGCUACUUUGGAGACGAUGGCGACAAUGGACUGCAAAGGAACAAGAGUCUGAAGGAGCCCAACUUGACACCAAUCACCGAGAGGUCGGAGUUCAGCACACGGAAUAGUUUUAUUGGCAUUCUACCAGGCACACACCCUCCGCCAAGUGCCGGAAGCUACGGGCCUCACUCACCCGCCCUGGCACGAAUGCCUAUCACGCCGCUGAGAGAGGACGACAUCACCUCGUUUGACGAGUUACGACGACUCCGCGCACAUGCCUUUGGGGGAAGUCAGAGCAGUGUGAAGAGUGCGAAUAGCAAUCGCUCAAGUCAGCAGUCACUUCACGGUGUCUUGAGCCCAACUCUAGAUACAAGUGCAGGUGCCGCAGUCGCUCACCACAGCGGCUACUUUGGCUCUCCCAUGCAAUUCGCAUACAGCAGUGGCAGCAAUGGCUCGAGCAAUCCAUCUAGCGCACAUCCGGUCAUGGCUCAAAACUUUCAAACCUUCAAUUACCAAGACAGUCCUCUAUCGGCUUCCUCAAGCAAUGGCAAUCCGUUCGCAAUGGAUAUCGAUGCAACGCCGAAGAGGAAUAUAACUAGUCUGCAGGAAUCGCCUCAGACCGCGAAGAAGAUACCGCCUGCAGCAAAGAGUCCAACGAGCCCACACAGCAGUGGAAUUUCCCAUUCGCGCAAGGGCAGCAGUGCGGACAGCGUGACAUAUGUUCGAGAGCCAGAUCCCGAAGGCGGUGGAAAGCCGCGUUGGGUACUGGAGAGAAGAAGGACGAGUGAGCAAGGACAGCUCGAGCUCGUUGGAAGGGAACUCUUGGGAAAGAUGCUUCACGAGGUCAACAGACUCAUCAUAAUGAGGACGACACGGAACUUUUCUGCGGCUUUUAUGUUUUUCGAUCAGCGCGGAGUCCAGGAUAUACCGAUCAACGCGCGCGCGGCUGUGACGGAGCCAUUGUCGGGAGAUUUUUAAAGUGCACACUAUUGCUACAGUAGUUUUAUUGUCUAGACCGAGCCUACGUGCACGACGACGACCAUCCUUUUUGGAUAUAUAUGAUGGGAAUUGUUUCUGGAGUACAUAUUUGCGAGCAUGGCGAAGGCGUCAUUGCUCUGGUACAUAAUACGAGAUGAUGCAAGAUGGAUGAAAUGAUACAUGUAUCUGCUGCUGCUACUAUACUACAACGACGCGAAAACUGCCAGACUACUCAAUGCCUUCCCAGUACUGUCAAACAUCAAAUUGUCAUUACAGCUCGACCCCAAUCCCGCAUUGUCGAGCCACGCGGGCUCCCAGUAAAACAAACCAUUCCCACCAGCUCCGCUCACCACGCUCGCAACAUCUUUCAUCCAAGUCGUCUGGCCCGCAGCAGAGAAUGGAAUCGAAGUGGUAUCCGAAGGAAAACUAUACCUAGGAUUCGGACAACUCUGAGGCCAAUUCGUUUCCACAACCAUGACUUCCUUCCUAUACUUAUUUUUCAUCUUACUCAAACUCGACUUCAAACUCGCCAAAGUCGCAGCACUGUUGUAGAACGGGUAAUACGACACGCCUUGAACAUCGUAAUCUUCGGACUUGAGAGGUCCUUCUCCCAAGACGGUAUCGUACCACGAUUCUUGAGUGUCGUAGUUCCAGCCGUUGUCUAGAUGGAUGAGGAUUUGGGGUUUGGGGGAGAUGGUGGAGUCUUUGAUUCCUGCUGAGGCGGAGUGGAGGAGGCGGGCGAGGUUGUAGGUGGAUGUUUGGGUGGAACCGAGAGGCCAGAGCAUUCCUGCUGUGAUUUCGUUUCCGAUGGAUACCAGGCUUAGGGAGAUUGAGGAGGUUCGGAAGGUGUUCAUCGUGGCUAGGGUGUAGUUGUACACGGCAUAUGUCAAGUCGUCGAUGUCGUAGUUGGACCAUGCGGAGGGGGUGGUUUGGUGGGAUGGGUCAGCCCAUGAGUCGGAGAAGUGGAAGUCGAGGUAGAUGUCCAGGCCAGCGGCUUUGGCUCGCUUGGCUAAUUUGAGGUUGUAGUCUAGAUUGUAGUUUCCAUUGGAAGG